CUGUCUGUGCCUGCAUUUUUUUUCCCUCUUCUCAUUCGUUCUCUGCCUCUCAGCGGUGGCAGCUCAGGGAGGCAGCUGUAUAUGUGUCUGCAUCACAAUCGCCACAGGUAAAGACAGCUGCAUUGUCGGAUGUUGCUUACCCCACAGGGGGUUUGGAAGCGUUUGUCACUGCGGUUGCAAGUUCUCAUCCUGGUGCGGGUUGCACAUUUCUAAUCAUCUCCAAGAAGGCAUCCUGGAGGGAAGGACAAGCAGAGGAUCCCAGCAACCGGACCAAGAAAUCCUAGGCUGACUCGAAAGAGCACAGGCUUACAGGAACUGAAGAAAACACCACUCAGAAAGAGAGAAGAGGGGAUAUUAUUAAAACAUUGUGGUCUUAUCUUUCUGUUUCUCCUCUUAUCUCUUGCUUUCUGCUCUUUCUGUUUCAUUCAUUUUCAUUCACUCCCUGCUUCUCAUCCUCUUCCCCUCUCAUUUUAUCUCUCUGUGGCGGAAUGUUCCCGGCAAAUAGAUGAGAGGAGGCUUUCUAAGCGCUUGCUGCAGUAUUAACGGACAGUAUACUGAGACAGCAGGGCGCUGAGCGGACAGCUUGGGGAAAUCUGAUCCACAGCCGGCUGGAGAAGGAGCAGGAUCACGCGUUGCAGUUGCAGAUUUAUCCGCCCUGUGAUACCACUGCGCGACAACACCCCUCAUUCUCCCCCCCACUCCAUCCCUCUUUCUGUGCUCAUCUAAAGUGUUGCUUUUUGACUAGAUCUGGAAAAUUAAUUGGAUUCUACUGCUUUAUUUUUAGCCUCACUGGUAUUUAGAGCACACAUAGAGGAAGCAAAGUGGGUUUGGAUCCAAAGAGUGGGAAAUAAAAAAAAUCUUCAAAAAAAUAAAGGAGAGGCUGAUUGAAGAGCAAAGAGCUUCAAAGAUAGCAUAUAAUCCUAGGAGACUGUUGGAAAGACGCUUAAACGACAGAUCUCUAUGGUCUUGUUUUCUUUCAGUUACGAAAGAGACUGAUUUGGGGAGCUGAGGGACGCUGACUCUGCUAAAGCUUUUGGAACGGGCUGCACUGGGAAACAUUUUUCCAUUUUUUGGUCUGGUACAGGGUGGGGAAGCAACAAGACCCACCCUGCAAGUUUCGCUCACCUGACUAGACAAUACUGUCCCAUCGUGGACUGCACACAGAGGGGACAUUCAUGCAUUAAGUAGAAAUUGCUGUGGAUUUUUGCUGCAGAGGAAUCCGAACACUGAUGCCAUGGAUUCCUCACAUGCACAAAUGUAAAGCUGUUCCUUCCCACCCAUCUCUCCCUCCCGUCUCUCUUUGUCCCUCUUUCUCCCUGUUAGAGGCAUCGCUUCUUCGUCUUCUUCCCUGGUUUACCCUGCUGUGAACAUUCCGAAGUUCACUGUUGCUUCAGUUGGACAUAGAGACUCAGGCAAGACUUAACAUGGACCAACUGGGCGAUUAUCUAUCUACGCCAGCUCUCCCAUUUCUCACUGGGUGUCUUUGAGUGUGAGUGUGCGUGCUUGUGUGUUUGUGAUUGCGUGUCUGCAUGUAUCUGCACCCCUCCCCUUCUCUCUAUCCUUGGAUUACAUAUUUGUGUACGUAUUAUUGAGAGUGCGAUUCCGUGGGGUCCUUUUUUUAAUCCAUUUCUUCACCUUUCUCUUUGUCUCUUCUCAAUGUCCGGCAUUGUUGGGAACCUUUCUGCCAUGUGCUACCGAUGCCUAUUACAUGGUUAACCCUCAAUGAGCCAUAAAGGACGGCAGGGAAGAAUGAGUGAGUGUUCUGGGGCAGCUGUAUCUGGGGUGGUGAUCCUGGAGGAACCUGAGGGUUCAGGGGCUUCAGGGGGCCGUGGGGAGGGCCAGGCCCAGGAUCAGGGUCCCCUUCGUUGUGCUGUUUGGCCACGCCAGCAGACAUGGUUAUGUGUGGUCCCAUUACUUAUUGGGUUCGUUGGCCUUGGAUUGAGCCUCAUGUUAUUGAAAUGGAUUGUUGUUGGUACAGUGCGGGAUUACGUGCCAACAGAUUUGGUGGAUGCCAAUCGAAUAGGCCAGGAUCCUAUCUUCCUCUCCAAACCAAGCGGGAUUCCCAAAAGUCCUGAUACUACUACUACUACGAUUGCUCCUACAGUUGAUGGCGGGAAUCCCACGCCUAGAACUGUAACUGUUGCAAAAGGUAGAACUCGUUCCACUGCUACUACCACUACUAUAAACCCUAGAGGGGGUGGAGCCUCGGGUAGCCAAGUAACGCCUCGGAAUCCUGUAAAUCGUAAUGGACGUGGACCUUUUACUACAACCACUGCAGCACCAAGGACAACCUUCAUAAUUGGAGCGGCAACAUCUAGCCCCUCUCCGUCCAAUCCAACUGUACUCCAUGACUCUACACAGAUGUGGACCCCGGAGCAUACUACCACAGAGACGGUCUCUACAACGCUCACCACGCGCACACAUGGCCACCGUAAAGCACCAUCUCCAACUGUCCCUCCGCUGCACUCAGAGCAUUUCAAACCCUGUCAUGAGAAGGACCUGGCCUACUGCCUAAAUGGUGGCGAGUGCUUUGUCAUCGAGACGCUCAGUGGGCCUCACAAGCACUGCAAGUGUCGAGAAGGCUACCAGGGAAUCCGCUGUGACCAGUUUCUGCCCAAGACAGACUCCAUCCUGUCUGACCCAAAUCACUUGGGCAUCGAGUUUAUGGAGAGCAAAGAGGUGUACAAGAGACAGGUGCUGUCAAUCACAUCCAUCGCCAUGGCAAUCAGCCUCCUGGGAACCCUGUGCAUGGCCCUCUACUGCCGCAACAAGAGGCGCAGAGAGAAGCUCCAGGCCCAUCUGAAGGAGAGUCGCAGUCUGAAAAACUACACUGCUAAUUCCCACAAUGCCCUGGAAGCGAAGAUGAGGGCUCCCAACACCAACCUGCAAAUGCAUGAGUGCUGCAAACGGUCCUCACAGUCUCGGCAAGGAAAUGUUUGUGAGUCCAGCUUCGCACACUGCAACAUCACCACCACCAUGCCAUCCAACAGCUCCAGAGGCACUGCAAAACAUCACAGAAGUGGAUCCUUGUCUCAUAGCCCAGAUCAGAGAACCCGGGCAGCCCAUUGGUCAGCUCCACGCAGGACUCCACCCAUACCCAGAGGAAGGCUAAAUCCAAUUGGAGGAUCCAAGUAUUCAGGCCCCGCCUACCAACACCUUCAAGAAGUAGACUCGACUGAGAGGGAAGCUGAAGCACAAAGACGCUGCCAAAUGCAGGGAGGAAACCGCUGCGACGACCCCAGACGAGAUGCCCUCCUACAUAUGCAAACUCCCAUUUCCAUGGAGACGACAUCACCAUCACCUUGGAACAGUCGCACGGAGGUACGCUCGGGUCUGUGCGCCCCAUCAGAGCACAAUGAUCCGAACCCUGCCACCCGCAGCCUUCGAAGGCCCUGCCGCCGUCACAGCCACUCCCCGCCUCCCCCGUUUCGUUCCUGCUCCAUCCCGAUCAUCCCCUCCGUCCAGUGUCACCAUGACAACGAGGUGUCCUGUAUGCAGACCAGUGUCACCCCGGCAACCACAGCAAUGUCCGUCACCUGCGGAGCCACGCCCGGCAAGGACGAGAGGAGAGAGAGGGCGGCACACACUGCUCUGUCAUCUUCUUCCUGCUCGUCCGCCAUUGGCCAGCAGCGGGACGAGGUCGCGCUGCUGCUGGAGGAGGCGCAGGAGCAGCUCAGGGCAUUAGCAUUGGCUCACAGGAAGCAGGAUGAGGGCGGGAUCAGCAACAGCGGAUCAACUGCUGCUCUGGUGGAGGCCAGAGAAACUGUUUGUUUCCUGAACCUUAAUGGAGGAAGUGCUGGGGUGCUGAGCUGUAACGGACCAACACAGACCCAGUUACUUAGCCCCAGCCUAUCACACAGAGACGUGGGCCAAACCGGCCAAUGAAAGGACACGGUUUAGGACAUACACUUUCAGUUAGACAGUGUUUGACAGACUGUGGUAUUCUUCAUCUGUGGGACGUGAAUGGAAAUGCCGAAUUGAAAAAAAAAAAAGUAAUAUCAUGGAAUUUCUGAAAAUGUGCUGUUGAUAUGCAUUCUGUAUGGAUACAUACAUACAAACACUUCUGGAGUGGCCGCCUUUACACCGACUGACAGUAUGGAAAAAGAGAAAAAAAUAUUUACAUGCAUUUAUUUACAAAACAAGAGAAACACUUCUACUUAGACAAAAGAAACCAAAUAGUCUGUCAAAUCCAUGGUGUUUUUAAUUGUAAAAAGAAUAUAUAAAUAUAUAUAUAUAAAUAUAUAUGGAUAUAAAUAUAUGGAAUCAAAAAGUGACCAAGUACAAAGUUGAAGAACACAGGAAUGAUGUAACUAUUUUUCUUUUUUUUCUCCCUGUUUUGUAUUAACUCACAUUUUGGUUCUGGCUCAAAUCUAAUGAAGGAACUUAAUUAACGUCCCACUGCACGACCACGAGCCAUGACUCAGAUUCUGUGAUCCUGUGCAGAGUCCAACAUGGCUGACGAGGAAGGAGCCUCCCCACCACAUUUCUCCCCCUCUUCUCUCGCUUUUUGAAAAACUUUCAAACCCGCCACGAAUCAGAGCACAGCCCUCUGUGGUAACCACCAACGCUUUGAGGAUUUACGACACAAAACAAAAACUCUUGGGCUGUAUUGCGUGUGUGUGUAUAUCUGUUGGCGGGGUGCAGCGAGGGAAGAGGGAGAAGAAGAAAAAAACAGGAAGUGACUUCUUUGGAAGGCCAGAUUGUUAAAGACAGCCUAGAUGCUGAACCCCUUUGGGCCAGUGUUUCAAAAAAAAAUUUUCUUUUUCUUUUUUUGUUACAAAGAAUAUUUUCACACAUAUGUGGACACACACUCACCUGUGCAUUAUUUUUCAGUUGGGUGGAUGGUCAGAUGAAUGGAUGGAAGGACAAAGGAAGUAUGGAGGGCUAAGAGGCACCACAGGAACUAUUUUUUUUAGUUUAUUUUAAUUUCCAUUUUUGAUUAUUAAUGAACAAUGCUGCUUUCUGGGGCUGAUGGGAGGGAGAAACACAUGGUUUGGGUACUGAAACAAGAAAUAAAUGUCUCUAUGUUGUAUCCUAUGAAUUGGAAGCUUUUGAAUCUCUGUAUGAAGUUACAGCCAAAUGUUUCUGGUGACAAUAAGUAAAAAAAAAAAAAUGAUUGCAAUUCUGGUAAAGAUUUUUCAAAAUAACAGUUGCUGUGGUUGAUUGCUUGGAAGAUAUUUUGACUCCCUAACAGCACGCUGUCCAACAUGCAUGCUGGGUAACAUCAGUCUGGUUUACACCGGUAUACUGUACUUAUCCUUUUGGCCUUUUCACACACAACCUGGUCUGUGACAGCUUGAAGGAACCUGGGAUCAGUGUCCACAGAGUACUUUAUUUUACCCAUAAAAGUACUUCAUAGUUCA